AUGGCGCAGACGGCAGACGAAAAGCAUCAGCGGAAGACUUCGAUCCAGGAGCCCCCACUGGACACCGCCAGUGAUGGAAUUGACUUCCUCAGUGAUCGGGAUGCAGAAAAGAUACUUCCGUAUGAGGCAGACGAUUCGCCUUUUCCCGAAGUGCGCGCCGUUGUGCAGCCCGUCGACGAUGUGUCGCUGCCGGUUAAUACCGUCCGCAUGUGGACCAUUGGAAUCAUUUUUACUAUUAUCGGAAGUGGAUUAAAUCAAUUCUUCAGUCUACGCCAACCCAGUGUCACCAUUAGCUCUCUCGUCGCCCAGUUGCUGGCUUUCCCGGUGGGCUGUGCUUGGGCGAAAUGGAUGCCACUGUGUUUUCUGAAUCCAGACCGUCACUUCAAUAUCAAGGAACAUGCGUUGAUUACCAUCAUGGCCAAUGUCGCCUUUGGGUCGGCGGCUGCUACUCAGAUCAUUGAGGCCAUGGUCAAGUUCUAUGGAUUUCCUUCCCAGGGUGGUUUCGAAAUCCUGUUGACCAUCACCACGCAAAUGUUCGGAUUCGGGUUGGCAGGGAUGGCCUCGCGAUGGCUCGUGGGUCCUGCCACUAUGAUCUGGCCCCAGGUGCUUUCUAAUGCCGCUCUGUUGUCGACAUUGCACUCGCGGGCCAAUGCCAUCGCGGACGGCUGGCGUAUCUCGCGUCUCCGAUUCUUUCUCAUCGUAUUUGUCGUUGGCGGUAUCUGGUACUUUUUACCAGGUUACCUCUUCACGGCGCUCAGCACAUUCAGUUUCAUCUGCUGGAUUGUGCCGAACAAUGUUGUAGUAAAUCAGUUGUUCGGUCAAACAACCGGAUUGGGCAUGUCCAUGUUAACCUUUGACUGGGCGCAGGUGGUCUAUGCCAACCAGAGUCCCCUCUUGGUCCCCUUCUGGGCAGGCCUGAACGUUAUGGGGUCUUUCGUCCUGUUUUACUGGCUGAUCUGCCCGAUUCUCUACUACACUAAUACUUGGUACGCGUCCUACUUGCCUUUACUCAACUCCAACACCUUUGACAACACCGGUAAAACUUACAAUACGACCCGUGUCAUGAAUACCGAUGGAACUUUUAAUCUACAAGCAUACCGCGAGUACUCGCCUAUGUUUCUUCCGGCUGGCUAUGCACUGACCUACGGUAUCGCAUUUGCCAACCUCACGGGCAUUUUCGUCCACAUCGGACUUUAUCAUGGAAAGGAUCUGUGGGAGCAAUGGCAAGGACGGGACAAGAAGGAUAUUCACGCACGACUCGUUUCAGGGUAUAAGGAUGUUCCCUGGUGGUGGUUCGCUGCGGUUAGUGUUUUGAUGUUUGUUCUCAGCAUUGUCACCAACGAGGUCUGGCACACCGGGCUCCCUGCAUGGGCGGUGUUCGUGGCUUUCGUGCUGCCCAUCAUCUACUUUAUUCCGGUUGGGAUCAUCAAGGCCGUGACCAACAUCAGCAGUAAUCAAUUGAAUUUGAUUACCGAAUUCAUCGGCGGAUAUGCAUUCUUGGGGAAGCCGGUCGCCAACAUGGCCUUUAAGUUUUACGGUUACACCGCCGUGUCGCAGGGACUGGAGUUUGUGGCCGACAUGAAACUGGCCCACUACCUUCACAUUGCCCCUCGCACAGUUUUCAUGGCCCAAGGAAUCGCCACACUGGUCGGUGCUGUCGUUCAGUGCGGUGUGACCGUGUUUAUGAUCACAAGAAUUGACGGCGUCUGUACCUCGGAUGCUUCGGGAGGCUUCUCUUGUCCCCACGGCCGAGUGACCUACUCGUCGUCUUUGAUCUGGGGUGUUCUCGGUCCUGGACGCAACUUCACCCCAGGACAGAUCUAUGGGAACCUGCUCUGGUUCUUCCUUGUCGGACCGGUUGUGAUUGCCAUCACUUAUAUUCUCGGACGCCGAUGGAAGGCCGUCAACUACAUCUCCUGGCCUGUGGCCUUCGGAGCCAUGAGCCUGGUUCCUCCUGCCACUGGUAUUAACUUUUCCUCUUGGUGGGUUGUAAACAUGAUUUUCAACGGAUUGCUCAAGCGACGGAGGCCAGCUUGGUGGUCCAAGUAUAACUAUGUUCUUUCUGCAGCCCUCGACUCCGGGGUCGCCGUCGCUACGGUCAUCAUCUUCUUCUGCAUCACUCUUCCUGCCGGGUCGUUGAGCUGGUGGGGUAAUACCGUCUUCUCGAACACGGCUGACGGAAAGGGCACGCCGUGGAAGAGUGUGCCUGCAGAGGGAUACUUUGGUCCGGCUAGAGGGACGUGGGAGUGA